CGGCGACAUGGGCGGCCCAGGCCUGCACCGGCUCGCCAAGCUCGCCGCCGUCGCCGUGCUUGCAGCAGGCGCGGUGCUGUGGGGCGUGGCGCCGGCGUCGGCGGAGAUCUUCGACGAGCCGUGUUACGAGCUGGGCAAGCAGUGGGUGUACGAGGCCAAGGACAUGCUGCUGUGCGACCGCAGCGGCCGGCGCAUCAACAUCAACAAGUUCUGCAAGGCUCGCCUCAGCGCAGCGUCCGGCCGCCUCAUCAUCGACAGCUCCAAGGACGACGAGGCGGUGGAGACCAAGAAGCAGGUGGGCCACUUCCCCGAGCUGUGCCUCCCUGGGCAGCGCUCCUACGCCAUGCAGGCCCCCUUCCUGUGCACCUGCGUCAUGCACAAGGGCCGACACCGGUGGGAGUGCGUGGCCCCCGAGGGUGGCGCCGGCCGCGGUCUGGGGGGCGAGUCCCCGAGCAGCAACCGGGUGCGGCGGCACGCAUCCCCAGCGUCGCCAGCGUCCGCGGGGCCCGGCGACCGCGGCGACGCCGAGGAGCACAGCUCGACGCCUGGACACGGCCGCAGCGCUGGUAAACCAGGAUCGGCGGCCCCGGCCAUGGCCUCGUCGGCGUCCACGACGUCCUCGGCCGAGGCCCACGACGACGCCCACGUCGCCCACGACGCCGGCGCGCACAACGGCAGCGCGGUCAUGGGCAGGCAGGCCGCGCCGUUCAGGCCGAACAUCGUGAUCGACUUCUGCGACGAGUUCGGCUACGUGCACACCGUGUCCUCCACCAUGAGGGACUGCUCGUGCGACAAGGACGUGAUCGCCACCAAGGUGCUCAGCUUCAGGGACAACGACCUGUACCACAGCGGCGGGCUGUUCGCCACGUACGAGUGCCUGCCGGGGACCUACAACGUGCGCUGCGAGGUCUGCUACCCGGAAACACACAACUGCCAGCCCACGGCCUGCCCCUAGUGCCGUGGCGCCGUGGCGGGGGAACCUGGCCGAGACCUGGCCCGAGACCUGCCCAACGCCGCCCGCCAAUAAAACAGAAAUUCGACUCGA